CUCCUCCUCUUUCACUUACGGCAACAAAGUGUCUGUCUUGAGAGUUGAGUCCAGCAGAAACCAGCAGGGAUCCUGAUGGAAGUGCCUGGAUCCAGGUGACUGAAAGCCGCCGACUUAGGAACAUAAGCAGCUGCCAUAUACUGAGUCAAACCAUUGUUCCAUCCAGCUCAGUAUUGUCUGCACAGACUGGCAGCGGCUUCUCCAAGGCUGCAGGCAGGAAUCUUUCUCAGAGACAGCCCAGCCCAGCCCACCCUGCAGGAUCAGGCGGUGGUAUUUGAACAUCUGUGACUGCCUUCUGUGGAGUCAGACCCCUGGUCUGCUUCCAUCUAGCAAGCACAGUACUGUGGGCUGCUUUCCAGGCACGUGGAUAGAGGUUUUUUCCAACUGCCUUUAUAAGACGGGGGUGGCGGGAGAUGGAAGUCGAGCUGUGUGAAAUGGCAGCCCUGAGUCCCCAAGGCGAGGCACUGACAGAGGAGGAAAUACAGCUCACAAUUAAAACAGAAGAGCCAGACAUGCCAGUCCUUGAACCCGUGACGGGCUCCAAAGCAGCAGAGAAGGCUCCUCACGUCAUCGAAGCUGGGAGUAUCCUGGAAUUUCUGCAAAGGGCGUCGGGAAAGCAGUUUAUGCAGGUUCCAGGUGAGGGGCUGCUGCAGCAGUGGGAGGCCCAGUGGCAGGAGUUCCUGAGGACACUGGAAUCCCCCUCCUCAGGUUGGGGAAUCUCACAGCUGCCAAAGGAGCCCACACCGUGGGAGGAUACGAAGGCUUUCCUGGCCUCCUUCGAGCAAGUGGCCGAAGCCUGCCAGUGGCCCAAGGAAGAGUGGGUGACCCGGCUCCAGCCAGCCCUCAGCGGAGAAGUCAAGCAGGCCUUUAGCACACUGGAGGCCGGAGACAGAGAGGAUUAUGGGACAGUGAAGGCAGCCAUUUUGCGAAGCGACACUUUCAGCAGGGAGAGAAAGCGCCAGCAGUUCAGGCAUUUCAGCUACCAGGAGGCCAAGGGGCCCCGAGGGGUUUACAGCCAACUGCAGGAACUUUGCAAUCAGUGGCUGAAGGUGGACAAACACUCCAAAGAACAGAUCCUGGAGCAGCUGAUCCUAGAGCAGUUCCUGGCCAUCCUGCCCCAGGAAAUGCAGACCAGGGUGAGGGAAGGCGGUCCGGAGACCUGUGCCCAAGCGGUGGCCUUUGCGGAGGAUUUCCUGGUGGAGCAGCCAGCAGCUAAGAGCCCGGAACAAGAGGUGCUCAAGGAGACAGCAGAUGAGGCUCACUUAGUUACGGAGCAGAUGCAGGUGUGUGGAGAGGCUGGACAGGAGAUCAGCAGUAACAACAAUGCCAGUGUGACUUUGGCAGGUCAUGAACUGACAAAUGAGGAUAUAAAAACUGAACAGGCAGAGGAAGGUUCCUUGCAAGUGGAACCCAACAGGCCAUCACUGGGAAGAACAGAACAGAAUGGGUUGGUGCGAGAGACUAAAAAGAGCCCGAUGAAAAAAGCUGGCAAGAAGAUCAAGGCAGCCCAACCGGAGGCCCAGAAGGGCAAGAAGCAAAGUGCAUCUCCUCAGAGUGGGAAGAAAUCGUCCUUCACGUGUUCUGACUGCGGGAAAAGCUUCUGCCGACGCUCCUACCUUUUCCAGCACCAUCGAAUCCACACGGGCGAAAAGCCCUACACAUGCUCCUACUGCCAAAAACCCUUCCGGGAACACUCACACCUCACAAAGCACGAGAGGCUGCACACAGGGGAGAAACCGUACAAAUGUUCAGACUGUGGCAAGACCUUCCGCCAGUCCUCAAAUCUCCAUAAGCACACGAAGAUGCACAUUGGGCCACCCAUCUACAAAUGCUCCGACUGCGGGAAGAGCUUCAGCCAGCGCGCCAAGUUCUCCCAACAUCGUAAAAUCCACGUCCGAGGGAAGAAUUAUCCAUGUUCUCACUGUGGGGAAAGCUUUGAACAGUUCUCGCUCCUCUACGAACACCAGCAAACCCACGCGUCGGAGCGGGCUUUUAAAUGUACUGUGUGUGGGAAGACCUUUGAUCACCGCUCGAGUUACCUGAAGCACAGAGUGACCCACACGGGAGAGAAGCCCUAUAAAUGCACCACCUGCGGACGGCGCUUCAGCCAGUCCUCAAAUCUUCAUAAGCACAACAAAAUCCACACGGGAGAAAAGCCCUACAAGUGUUUGACCUGUGGGAAGUCCUUCACACAGAGUUCCCAUCUCAGCCUGCAUCAAAACACCCACAAAGGGUUUAAAUCUUAUACAUGCUUAAACUGUGGCGAUACCUUCACCAACCGGUCACAUCUUAUGAAACACAAGCUGAGCCACGCAGAAACAAAGGCUGCUGCAUAGGUUUGAAAUGCCACUUCGUUUUAAAAGGCAUAGGAAUUGGUUUUAAAAAGGCUUGGACAGUAUUGAAGUGUAUUUUGCCUUUAUAUCAAGCAGCAGGUAUAGCACAGCAGCUAAUACAAUGAGUUGUGAAUUGAAGAGUCCCUAGUCUGAAUUUAAGGACAUAAAAAGAGCCUUGCUGGAUCAGGCCCAAGGCCUGUCUCGUCCAGCAUCGUUUUCCCACAGAUGCCUCUAGGAAGCCCACAAGCAGGAGAUGAAGGCAUGCCCCCUUACCUCUGUGGCUCCCCUGCAACUGGUAUUCAGAAGCAUCCUGCCUCUGAACCUGGUGGCACCUAUAGCCACCCAGACCAUUGAUAGAACUGUCCUCCUCCAUGCAUUUGUCUAUGCUCCUUUUAAAGGCAUCCAAGCUGGUGGCCCUCACCACAUCAGAAUCUCAUUUCUUCACAAUAUCACGUGAAAGCCUGAUUAGAGUGCAUGAUUGUCAGCUCCACCCAACUGCAGGAAUGUGACCUACCUUACAAGAUGGUUGUAUGGACUACAGCACCCACAUGGCUGCGAAGUGCCUUUUGGUGACAGCUUUUGGUGCAAAGAUUCCAGCUGCUCUGAUGCUUUGAGGAGAAAAUGGGUGAAAGGCCAAAAAAGACACACUUUGUCAAACAUAAGAGGCUUUUUUGGUAGUUGGGAGUUUAAUUAGAUGUUAGCAGUUCCCUUCUUCGGGACACUGUUUCCAGAAACCUUAUGAGCACAAGACAGAGAAUGGGUGAGGGGAGAUUUAUGAAAUUUGUUGCCGCACCACAUAGGAAGCAUCUACUAAGUUGGACAAUUGGUCCAUCUAGUUCGGUAUUGUUUACUCUGACUGGCAGCACUGAUCUAUGGACCCAUUCUGCUGUCAGUGGCUUUCUGAAUAAUGCUGAUAUGGGAGAUCUCCAUGCCUGGCUGCCAGAAAUGAUGCGAUUUCUGGCCAUUUAUCCACAGCAGGAAGGGAUACAUCUUCAUGCAAAGGCUGCUGCCAGUGGUCUCCAUAGGAUGUUGGUAACAUGCAUGCAUGACAGGCUGCAGUAUCCAGGUCUUGAAAAUUGGGGGAAUUUUGUUCUGCAGGAUUUUUUUUUUUUUUUUUUUAGGGCUGCAACAUUAAUUGCAGUUUUAAUUGACUAACUUGGAAGACCAACUUUUUAAAAAAUGCCCCUACUUAAUUGGGUAACACAGCCUUUUGGGGGUAGUAUUUCUAAUUCAGUACCAGAAUUUUCCAAUAAUGAUAUGCUUUCCCCCCUUUAGUAGCAGCCUCAGUCCAUGCUACUUAUAAUACACUGAGAUACACAUUUUAGGGGGAAAGGGGGCAUUUUACAAGUAAUACGUGGCAUGCUUCACAGAGCUGCUUCUUUCUUUGCCCCUCAACCAUGAGCUCCUGCCUUCUCCUCUCCCUGAACCAAUGGGGUCAUAUCAGCUCUAAAUGUCUGGACAAUCAUUCCAAUCAGUAAUCUGCCUGCCUCUCCAUCUUAAUGUACCAUGUACUGUAGAAUAUAAGUGCAAGAAGUUCCUAACCCUGCCAGCAAGAAUACUGUUUCCUGCUUCUUACCAAGGCAAAUUAUAGAAUGUGUACUUACUAGCAAUAGCUCUCCUUGUCCAGGUAACCCUGGGGCAAAGAGAAACAAGAUAGAACAUAAGAAAAGCCCUGUUGGAUUAGGCCCAAGGCCUAUCUAAUCCCAACACCCUGUUUCACACAGUAGCCCAACAGAUACCUCUGGGAAGCUCACAGGCAAGAGCUGAGGGCAUAGCUGUCCUCCAUAAGAACACCCCUGCUGGAUCAGGCCCAAGGCCCAUCUAGUCCAACACCCUGUUUCACACAGUAGCCCACCAGAUGCUGCUGGAAGCCUACAGGCAGGAGUUGAGGGAAUGCCCUCUCUCCUGCUGUUAUUCCCCUGCAACUGGUACUAAGAGAGGCAUCCUGCCUUUGAGGCUGGAGGUGGCCUACAGCCCUUUGACUAGUAGCCAAUGAUAGACCUUUCUUCAAUGAAGUUAUCCAAACCCCUCUUAAAGCCAUCCAGGUUGUUGGCUGUCACCACAUCUUGUGGCAGAGAAUUCCACAAACUGAUUAUACCUUGUGUGAAAAAGUACUUCCAUUUGUUGGUCCUAAAUUUCCUGGCAAUCGAUUUCAUGGGAUGACCCCUGGUUCUAGUGUUAUGUGAGAGGGAGAAGAAUUUCUCUCUUAUCCACUUUCUCCACACCAUGCAUGAUUUUAUAGACCUCUAUCAUGUCUCCCCGCAGUCGUCUUUUUUCUAAACUAAAUAGCCCCAGGUGUAACCUUGCCUCAUAAGAAAGGUGCUCUAGGCCCCUGAUCAUCUUGGUUGCCCUCUUCUGCACCUUUUCCAGUUCUACAAUGUCCUUUUUUAGAUGUGGUGACCAGAAUUGUACGCAGUGCUCCAGGUGCGGCCGCACCAUAGUCUUGUCUAAGGGUAUUAUAAUAUUAGUAGUUUUAUUUUCAGUCCCCUUCCUAAUGAUCCCUAGCAUGGAAUUUGCCUUUUUCACAGCUGCCGCACAUUGAGUCAACACUUCAAUGAGCUGUCCACCACGACCCCAAGAUCCCUCUCAUGGUCAGUCACCGACAACUCUGAUCCCAUCAGCAUAUACUUGAAGUUGGGGGUUUUUUAUCCCAAUGUGCAUCACUUUACACUUGCCAACACUGAACUGCAUUUGCCAUUUUGUUGCCCACUCCCCCAGUUUGGAGAGAUCCUUUCGGAGCUUCUCACAAUCUGUUUUGGAUUUCACUACCCUAAAGAGUUGUUAUCAUCUGAAAUUGGGCCACCUUGCUGCUUACUCCUGCUUCUAGAUCAUUUAUGAAUACAUUAAAAAGCACCGGUCCCAGUACAGAUCCCUGGGAGACCCCACUUCUUACUUCCCUACAUUGUGAAAACUCGCCAUUUAUCCCUACCCUCUGUUUCCUGUCUUUCAACCAGUUAGCAAUCCACACGUGUACUUGUCCCCUUAUCCCAUGAAUUUAUCUAAACCCCUCUUAGUCAUCCAGGCUGUCGGCAGAAACAAUUUCCUUCAAUUUUAAGUUAAAAGCUCUGUGUACAAUACACAAAGGGCACAUUCUAAUUGGAAAAUUACAGGUACUUAUAGAAACUGCAGUACGGCAUGCCAUCUUGGAAGAAGUAUUCCCCCUCUCCAUUUUCUCUCAGGCACAGGAGGGAAUACCUCUUCUAACAUGGAGUUGAGCACAACCCACAAGUCCAUCAUCUUGAAGCAAACAAAAGAGGUAUUCCCUCCCAUGUGUGAGAGGAGAGAAUACUUCUUUUGAGAUGCAUUUUCUACAUCCUGACAUCAUCUAGGAUAUUUUUUGCUUCAGAUUUAAUAGAUUUUUAAAAGAUUUAAUAGGUUGAUCAUUUGAAAAUAUCAUGUGAUAGCCCCACCCUUCUUGUUGUUGCUCCUUCUGGGACUAUCCAUUUAUAUCUGCAAAUUAUAGAAGCAUAGAAACUGUCUUAUACCAAAUCCGGCCACUGGCAGAUUUAACCUGGUAUACAGCUCUCCAGGGUUUCAGGGCAGGAGUCUUUCCUAGCCCUAUCAGGAGAUUUCAGGGAUUGAAUCUGGAACCUUCUGUAUGCAACACAGGUGCUCUACCACUGAGCUCUGGCCCUAUCCCAAUCUAUUCCCCUAGAGGAGAGAGAUAAGGUACAUAGGAAGCUGCCAUAUACUGAGUCAGACCAUAGGUUCAUCUAGCUCAGAAUUGUCUACACAGACUGGCAGCGGCUUCUCCAAGGUUGCAGGCAGGGCUCUCCCUCAGCCCUAUCUUGGGGAUGCCAGGGAGGGAACUUGAAACCUUCUGCUCCUCCCAGAGUGGCUCCAUCCCCUAUAGAGAAUAUCUUACAGUGCUCGCACAUCAGGUCUCCCAUUCAUAUGCAACCAGGGCAGACCCUGCUUAGCUAAGGAGACAAUUCAUGCUUGCUACCACCAGACCAUCUCUCCUCUCAGAGGUCAUAAGAAAAUAACAGCCCUGCUGAAUCCGGCCCAAGACCUAUCUAGUGCAGCAUCCUGUUUCACACAGUGGCCCCCCAGAUGCCUCUGGGAAGCCCAUAGGCAAUUGCUGAGGGCAUGCCCUCUCUCCUGCUGUUGCUCCCCUGCAACUGGGAUUUAGAGGCCUCUUAGCCUGGAGGCAGCCUAUAGCCCUCAGACUAGUAGCCAUUGAGAGACUCAGUAAAAUUAUCUAAGCCCUUCUUAAAGCCAUCCAGGCUGGUGGUGGCUGUCACCAUAUCUUGUGGCAGAGAAUUCCAUAGGUUGAUUAUAUAUUAUGUGUAAAAGUACCUCCUUUUGUUGGCCCUAAAUUUCCCAACCUUCAGUUUCAUGGGAUGAUCCCUGGUUCCAGUGUUAUGUGAGAUGGCAAAAAAAUUAUCUCAUAAUGUUAUAGACAUUAUAACAUGUUGCCCCUCAAUUGUCCUUUUUUAAAAAACUAAAAUGCCCCAGCCUUUGUAGCCUGGCCUCAUAAGGAAGUGCACCAAGCACUGCAGCUCACCCAUCUUGGCUCACUGGCUUCUGGCAUUGGCAUAAGAGAAUAACAUCCCCUACCUAGUGUGUGCAAUCUUUUUUAUGGCCAUUUGAUCUCUUUGGCCAGCUAGCACAUCCUUUUGCCUGCUCUUUACCUAGUUCUACUCUGCCCCCUUCUGGUUUAUCUGAAGCACUUACACUCUCACAUCUUAAGGGAUGGCAUUUGCUGAACUGGUCCUUAGGUUAGGAAGAGUUGGCUGAUAACUGCUAGGUUGGGGGGACAGAUGCAGUGUGGGCUUUGCAGUCUUCAUGGAUUUCCUUGAUUAUUUGGGGGAAAGCAGCAUUCAUUGGCUGCAUUAGUGCUGGAAUAACACAAGAGGCCACUCAGAGCCCUCCACUGAUAAACAUAGGAAGCUGCUUUUUACUGAGUCCAUGGUCCAGCCAGCUCAAUAUUGUCCAGUCUGACCGGGAAGAGCUCUGCAGCAUUUCAGGGGUCUCUCCCUACCUUACUUGGAGAUGCCAGGGAUUGAACCUAGGAGUUUCUGCAUGCAAAACAGGUGUUCUGCCCCUGAGCCAUGGAUGCUCCUGAUAAUUGUAGGUGGUGCUUUCUACUGAGUCAGACUACUGGUCCAACCCACUCAAUAUGGUCUACUCUGACUGGCAGCAGCUUUCCCAGGUUUUAGGCAGGGGUGUUUCCCAGCAUUUGCUGCAGAUGCCAGGGAUUAACCCUGAGAUUUCCUGUAUGCAAAGCAUACAGGAACUUAUUCCUAAAUUACAGCCUCUCUCAUAAAAAGGACUGCUAUGUUAAUAGUCCAUGAAUUGUCUAUGGGUUAUUAGUAGCAUGCAAUACAGCAUAUUAUAUAGGAAGCUACUACUUUAAAUUCUAGUUCAAAGUGUUAUAUAAAAGGGGUGGGUUUUCAAUAGAUUUUUUUUUCAUGGAUUGCCAGCAAAUGGCCAGCAGAUGAUGCUAAGAAAUAGUGCAACUUCAUUCAACAUCCUCCAGAUCAACUGAGUAAAUCUCUCAUCGCAAUUUGUGCUCAUAUUAGAAUAAAUUAUUCUAGACCCUUUCCAAUUUGGCUUUCGCCCUGGGUUUGAGACUGAAAUUGCCUUUGUCGCCCUGGUGGAUGACCUACUCUGGGAACUAGAUGGGGGAAUGCGUCCCUGUUGGUUCUGCUGGAUCUCUCAGUGGCAUUCGAAACCAUUGACCAUGGUAUCUUUCUUGACCACCUCUCAGGUAUAGGGAAGUCCAGGGGGUGGAGGCGGUGCAUUGGAGUGGUGGUGGUCCUUUCUUGCAGGGAGAUUCCAGAAGGUGGUGCUGGGGGACUUCUGCUCAACUCCUUGGCCCCUGGCCUGUGGGGUCCUAGAAUGUUCAAUAUUGUACCCCAUACUGUUUAACAUCUACAUGAAACCACCGGGAGAGGUCAUCCGGAGGUUUGGACUAAACUGUCAUCAAUAUGCAAAUGACACUCAGCUCCGCCUUUCCCUGACAUCAGGUCCUGGGGAAGCAGUGGAUGUACUGAACCAGGGGGCUGAAGGUGGUGAUGGGCUGGAUGUGGGGUAGCAAACUGAGGUUAAAUCCAGACAAGACGCAGGUGCUGCUGGUCAGUAGAAAAGCCAAUUGGACUAGGGUGAUGCAACCAGCUCUGGAUGGGGUUGUAUUCCCCUUGAAAGAGCAAGGACCUAGUGCUACUUUUGGAUGCUCAGGUGGAGGCAGUGGCCAGGUAUACCUUUGCACAGUUUGGCUAGUGUGCCAGCUGCAUCCCUUUCUCAAGAAGGCAAGUCUGGCCAUGGUUACCCAUGCCUUACAUUGCGACUAGAUGCACUUUACGUGGGGCUGCCCUUGAAGACUAUUCAGAAACCGGUUGGUGCAGAAUGCAUUUGCCAGGGUUCUCUCUGGAACUGCUCACUUGGAGCAUAUUAUACCUGUUUUGAAAGAGCUGCACUGACUGCCAAUUGUUUCCGGAUCCAAUUCAAGGUGCUGGUUAUUACCUUUAAAGCCCUUAAUGGUUUGGACCCUGGAUACUUGGAGGGCCACCUGCUCCCAAGGGUUUCUGCUCACCCAACAAGGUCAUCAGAGGGGCCUUUGCUCCGUGUGCCCAUGUUAAGAGAGGCUAGAUUGUCCUGCACACAGGACAGGGCCUCUGUUGUUGCCCCCAGGCUCUAGAAUGUUCUCUCAGUGAGUGUUUGUUCUUUGGCAUCUGUGGCUGCUUCUUAAAACAAAACAAAACAAAAUACAUUUUUAUUUGUUCAGGCUUUUACCCCUUAGGGGCUAUCAGGUUUCUCAGCUUUCCUGCUUCUGUUUAUCUUUUUAUGGUGGUUUUUUGGUUUAGGAAUUUCCUCCUAAUGUGCCAUUGAAAUUAAUGGGAACUGAAUUAUUACUAACUUGUCUCACUGAUCUCAGCAGUGCUUAGUCAUGACCAAUUAGUGUGGACAUAGGGCAAAUCUAUUGCUAGUCUGCCGCUCUGGUUUUUUUUGCUUUGUGUAUUGCCCUGUUACCUUUUUGUGUGUGUGGUUAUGCACAUUUCAUUGUGUUGCUGUUUUUAAUACUCUGUUAGCUACCCUGAACCAUGAUGCUGAAGGUAUGGAUUUCUAAGACAAAUAAAACCCACAUUUCCUGUC